AUGGAUUUUGGGGCUUUUCCCGGUGAUUCUAACGUCCGACGAGCUUCAUUUUCGGAUCAUCCUCGUUUUCGUGAUCUGGGUUCUGCAGAUUUUCCUCCGGGUCCUGUUUCCGGUGGUUUUUGCUUGCCCCACGUCCGUACGCCUCCGAUCAUGAACCCCUUUAUGAACGAUCAGUGUCAUCUUCACCAUCUGAAGCUGUACACCAGCGGUCGGAAUCAGAUGGUCGGUGGUGAUCUGGGUUUGUGUGAAGAUCUAAGCGGAAUGAGUCUCUCCAAUGAAUGCAACCGUGUUCUCGCUCGACCCGACCCGUUUUGGCUCGACCCCGAUGUUCUCGGGUCUCGGGUUCACGACGGGUUCUCUGUGUUCGAUCGGGGCAUUCGUCGUGACGAUGAAAUUCCUCGCCGUUACAAUGCGUUUCACAACGUUUCCUCUGGUCGAGAAACUUCUCUGUACACCUCUAAUGGAGUUUCUCUCGGCGGUUACGCUGCUGAUAGUGAUGAUGACAUGUUCAGAUUGCUUCACUCGCGAGAUUUUAAUCCUGAAGGUUUUAACGAGAUCAUCGCUCGAAUUAGGAGAGAUAUUCUCAUGGAACAGAGAAAUGGGUCAUUUCGACAGAGCUUGCCCAACAUGGACACCGGUUCAUGUUUCAGGGUUCCGCAGCUACACUCUCAAGUGAUGAACGAUGUGUACAACAGUCCACCGAUGUUCGGUGGGAAUAAGGUUUUUCAAUCUCUGUCGAGUUCAGCCAUGGAAGAUUGCUCUAGAGAGCUCAAAGCUUCUAGUUUGGAGGAUGGUUUGAUCAUCCAAGGACCCAACAACAGUUUUCCUGCUAACGAGAUGGAAUCAUACUUCAAGGAUGAUCUCUGGAGAAGCGGUGAUGAAUCUGAAAAUCAGGGUUUUCUUCCGAGUCUUGCCUCCAUGAUUGGGUUUUACGGCUCUGUGUACGUAAUGGCGAAAGAUCAGAUCGGUUGCCGGUUCUUGCAGAGGAUGUUUGAUGAAGGAACGUUUCUCGAUGUGACGAUGAUAUUCGGAGAAGUCAUCGAUCAUCUCAUUGAGCUCACCAUUGAUCCGUUUGGGAAUUAUUUCAUUCAGAAGCUACUGGGCGUGUGCACUGAAGAACAAAGAUCACAGAUAGUGAUCAUGAUGAUGUCAAAGCCAGGCCAGCUGAUCAAAGUCUCCCUCAACACUUAUGGGACCCGAGUUGUGCAGAAACUGAUCGAAACCCUAAGAACGAAGAAGCAAAUCGCGCUCGUGACUUCUGCCCUCAAACCGGGUUUUCUUUCUCUGGUUAGAGACCUGAAUGGGAAUCAUGUUAUUCAGCGUUGCUUGCAAUCCCUUGGCCCGGAUGAUAACAAGUUCAUUUUCGAAGCGGCUACAAGGUUCUGUAUCGAGAUUGCAACUCAUCGUCAUGGAUGCUGCGUCCUGCAACGAUGCGUUGCUUUCUCAGCCGGGCCGCAACGCAGUAAGCUUAUUGCCGAGAUCUCGAGAAACUCCCUUGUCCUUUCACAAGAUCCCUUCGGGAACUAUGUAGUGCAGUAUAUAAUAGAGCAGAAGGUGCCGGCGGGUAACGUGCUGUGCCAACUGAGAGAGCAUUACGUGCAGCUAUCGAAGCAGAAGUUCAGCAGUCACGUGGUGGAGAAAUGCCUCAGGCAUUUCCCCGAGAGCCGUUCCCAGAUCGUCCACGAGCUCAUAUCAGUCACUAACUUUGAGCAGCUUCUUCAAGAUCCUUACGCAAACUACGUGAUCCAGUCUGCGCUCGCCGUCACCAAGGGAGCGGUUAAGGCGAGCUUGGUGGAGAAGGUGCAGCCUUACAAAAACCUUAGGACGAGUCCUUAUUGCAAAAGGAUUUUCUCUCGAAGCCUCCCCAAGAAGUAGUCCGAUACUGUCGGCUUUUAACUCGCUUUUGGUGCACGCAAAUGUUGUUGUUUUCCUCCCCAAGAAGUAGUCCGAUACCGAAAGACAAAUCUCUUCCGUCUGUUGUUUGAAGCUUUUUGUAGCAAUCAUCAAGUCACGAACCGAACUUGAUGUCUUAGAUUCGCGUUUGGUCUCUCGCUUGAUCUACUGAUGUUUAGGAUCGUUGUGUUGGUAAAUACACGAAGAUCGCCAAUUCAUGAUUAGGUAUAUACCGAUAAAACCAAACGAGUUCUCUUAAAACAAAAAAAAAAAAAAGUAAAACUGAACCGGACCUGAUUAAAACCUAAUUCUAUAUAAAAUAGAUAUGUUAUAAUGAAGCCAAACCCGGAAUGACCACUCCUAUUAUUCAUGAUGACGAAAACGCACACAGGUUACUCUCAUUUCGCAUUAUUGGGGAAUUAAAAGUACGCUCAACAACUCCAAAAUACAUGAAUUA